AUGGAUUGGAAAAACGCAAGGGUUUUGUUAGCAUCCACAGCUGCCGUCGUAGUUGCUUCUCAAGUGGUGAAACAUUUGUGUAAAUACUUUUACAACCUUAGAAGGAAAACUGAAACUGAUACAGUAAGUGACGAUGCGUGUAGCGAUGUCGUUUGCACUAAAAAUAAAGAAAUUAACGAUGUGAUAUUAUUUUCUGAUGACUCAUUGAGGCGUACUAUAAAAGUCCCUGCCAAUAAAGACGUUAGUAUAUGUGAAAGUCGAGAGAUAAAUUGCUUCAAGUUAAUAAAAUACAUAAAAUCUGCUCGAGAGACAUUGGAUGUUUGUAUGUACCUUAUAACUAGUACUGAAAUUGCCGAACAAAUAAUAAGGCUAGGACAGAAACAUGUGCUAGUAAGAAUUGUUGUUGACAGUGAUAUGGCCUUUACACCUCCAUCACAAAUAAAAAAGCUAACGGAAUAUAGUUUCAUAAAGGUGCAAACCAAUAAGAAGACCAUUCUAAUGCACCAUAAGUUUUGCAUAAUUGAUGGCCCUAAAGCAAUAAAAAGAAAAAGUGCUCUUAAAGCUUAUGCUGAAAAACUAAAUGUACACGCCCAAUUUGUUAAAAACCACAUUAAACCAUCAAAAACCAAGCUUAUAAGAGGUUUUGUAAUGUCUGGCUCAUUGAACUGGUCUACCCAGGCAAUGGUAUCAAAUCAUGAAAGUGUUAUAGUAACUUCAAAUACCAAUAUUUUAAAUAAAUUUGAAAAAGAAUUCGAAAGCCUUUGGGUAGAAGAAGAACCGGUUCUCUUAACAAAUAUAUGA